AUGUAUUUCAGGAGGUUUGCGGCGGCGCGAGUGGGGCAGCGGCGCGCACGCACCAUGUUUGCCACCAUCAAGAACUUCUGGAAGGUCUGCCGUUAUGGCGACCUCUACAUGGUUCUGGCGGCGCUGGCCGCACAGUCCAUCAACAUCUCGGUGGGCUUCUGCCAGGGUUUCUCCGCGGUACUACUGCCGCAAUACACGCACGAGCACCCAAACAUCACAUACGAACAGAGCUCAUGGAUUGAUACAGCGAGCUUGGGCGUGAUCUCGAACCCGGUGGGUGCGUUAUUGGGCGGCAUGAUGGUGGAUGCGCUCGGCCGGCGGCUGCUGCUGCAGUCCAUCGUGCUGCCCAACCUGCUGGGCUGGCUCGUCAUCGCCUUCUCUGACACAUACCUCUUCCUCUGUGUAGGAAGAUUCGUCACCGGAUUUACUAUUGGUAUGUCAACGGUGUCCUAUAUUUACGUAGCGGAAAUAACAACACCUGAAAAACGAGGAGUAUUGAGUGCUCUUGGACCCGGUCUCGUGUCCACUGGAAUCUUCGUCGUUUACUCGCUAGGAGCCUUCAUACAUUGGAGGAAGGUCGCCGCGAUCUGCGCCGGAUUCUCACUUCUCACACCGUUCCUGAUGUAUUUUGUUCCCGAAUCACCUCUCUGGUUGGCUUCCAAGGGUCAAAUGAAAGAGGCUUAUAACGCUCUAUUCUGGCUGCGACAGAACAACAGCACGGCCCAGCAGGAACUGAUGGAGUUCACGAAAGACCGAAAGACCAGUGAGAAUAUGACUUUGAAACAGAAGCUCGGUCUCUUUAAGCGGCGAAACGUGUUAAAACCCUUCGCUUUGCUCAUCGUGUUCUUCGUAUUCCAAGAGAUGUCUGGUAUCUACGUGAUCUUGUACUACGCGGUGGAUUUCUUCAAGUCAGUGGGCACAAGUGUCAAUGAGUUCACAGCUUCCAUCAUCGUCGGUGGUGUGAGAGUGUUCAUGGGUGCUGUGGGAGCUUGUCUGAUCAACAGCUUCAGACGGAAGACUUUAGCUGCUGCAUCAGGGCUGCUGCUGGGUGUGGCAAUGCUGGGCGCUGCGGUGUGCGACAGUCUCGACGGGCCGCCAUUACUGAAGCUGGCCUGCGUGCUCCUGCACGUGUCUUUCAGUAUGGUCGGCUUCUUGCAACUGCCCUGGAUCAUGUCCGGGGAAUUAUAUCCUCAGGAUAUCAGAGGCAUCAUAAUACUACUUGACGAGCAACGGGACUCUGUAUUUGUUCGGUGUUUGCGCGUUGUUCGGUGCGGCGUACUGUCUGCUAUGCCUCCCGGAGACGAAAGGAAAGACUCUAUCCGAGAUCAUGAGACAGUUUGA